AAGCACCGAGUGGCACUUUUUGACUGGUCAGACGCACGAGUUGUUUCCUUUUGCACAGCGAGCGUGACACAUGGGUUUGUGCAACUGCACCCGCGGGGCAUGUGACUAAGGGGCAGACACGCUGCAGUUCCCUCUUUCUAGCAUGAAGUUAUAGGAGAGCCCUACUGCUGCCGCCGAGGUUUCCUGAAGUCAGAAGGCUGGGACUAUGAGAACUGAAUGAUGUACGUGGCACGGUGCCAGCUGGGCCACUGUAAGACUGCCAGCGGCUGUUUUUGAAGGGAAAUGACCUUUUGAAAUUUUGAAGAAACUUGUUCUUUUCUGAAGGGAGUUGAUAUCCGGUUGUUGUUGGAGCACGGUGCCAGGGCUGAUGGUCACCUCUUAUGGCACUGCGGCACCAUGGAGCAGACCCUCAUGAAGUUAAUAGGUCCAGCGUCAGCUGUCAAAAGUGUUCUCACUGUAGCCGAUAACCUGCAGAUUAGUUUCAACGUAGAACCGACUGCUGAGGAGAUAGGACUGAACCAUGCAGAGCCGGACCUUUCCUCUGAGCAGCUCUGUGCAGGGAAUGAAGACUUAAAACAAAUGCUGGAAAGCAACAAAGAUUCCUCCAAGCUGGAAGCAAUGAAGAGAAUUGUUGGGAUGAUUUCAGAUGGAAAAAAUGCCUCGGAGUUAUUCCCGGCUGUUGUCAAAAAUGUUGCCAGCAAAAAUCUUGAGAUAAAGAAGCUGGUGUAUGUCUAUCUUGUACGCUAUGCAGAGGAACAGCAGGACUUGGCACUCUUGUCUAUUGCUACUUUUCAACGAGGUUUAAAAGAUCCCAACCAGCUGAUUCGUGCAAGUGCCCUGAGAGUUUUAUCAAGCAUUCGUGUCCCAAUUAUCGUUCCCAUAAUGAUGCUGGCAAUCAAAGAAGCAGCAGCAGACUUGUCCCCUUAUGUCAGAAAAACUGCAGCACAUGCGAUUCAGAAGCUUUAUAGUCUGGAUCCUGAACAAAAAGAUAUGCUGAUUGAAGUCAUUGAGAAACUUCUUAAAGACAAAAGUACGCUUGUUGCUGGGAGCGUUGUGAUGGCCUUUGAAGAGGUGUGCCCAGAUAGGAUUGAUUUAAUUCACAAGAACUAUAGGAAACUUUGCAACCUGCUGGUUGAUGUUGAGGAGUGGGGGCAGGUUGUAAUUAUCCACAUGUUGACCAGAUACGCCCGGAUGCAAUUUGUUAGCCCUUGGGUCGAGGAAGGAGAUUCAGGGGAGAUGACUACACAAAGUUUUUAUGAAUCCGAUGAAGAAAAAGAUGCUGAUACCAACCAAAAAAGGCCUUAUGUUAUGGAUCCCGACCAUAGACUUCUGUUAAGGAACACCAAACCUCUACUCCAAAGCAGAAAUGCCGCCGUGGUUAUGGCUGUAGCCCAGCUUUAUUGGCACUUAGCACCAAAGUCAGAAACCAGCACUGUUGCCAAAUCACUGAUCCGCCUACUCCGAAGCCACAGGGAGGUACAAUACAUUGUCCUUCAGAAUAUUGCAACUAUAUCUAUCCAGAGAAAGGGUUUGUUCGAACCAUAUUUAAAGAGUUUCUAUAUUAGGUCUACUGAUCCAACAAUGAUUAAAACACUAAAGCUUGAAAUCAUGACAAAUUUGGCAAAUGAAGCAAAUGUAUCUACCCUGCUACGAGAAUUUCAGACCUACGUUAGAAGCCAGGACAAGCAAUUUGCUGCAGCCACAAUUCAAGCAAUUGGAAGAUGUGCAACAAACAUUUCUGCUGUGACUGACACUUGUCUUAAUGGCCUGGUCCUCCUAUUGUCUAACAGAGAUGAUGUUGUAGUUGCAGAAAGUGUGGUUGUCAUUAAGAAACUCCUGCAGACUCAGACUUCGCACCAUAGUGACAUCAUCAGGCAUAUGGCCAAGCUCUUCGACAAGAUUACGGUCCCUAUGGCAAGAGCCAGCAUCCUGUGGCUUAUUGGGGAGUACUGUGAGCGGGUUCCUAAGAUUGCACCCGAUGUUCUGAGGAAGACGGCAAAGAGCUUUACUAAUGAGGAUGACCUUGUUAAACUGCAGAUCAUAAACUUGGCAGUAAAGCUCUUUUUAACCAACUCCAAGCAGACAAAAUUGCUCGCUCAGUACAUAUUAAAUCUCGGCAAAUACGAUCAGAAUUAUGAUAUAAGAGACCGUACACGCUUUGUAAAACAACUCAUCGUUCCCAACGAGAAGAGUGGAGCUUUAAGCAAAUACGCAAAAAAGAUAUUUUUGGCACAGAAACCUGCUCCGGUUCUUAAAUCCUCAUUUAAAGAUCGAGAACACUUUCAGCUUGGCACACUUUCACACUCUCUUAACACUAAGGCAUCUGGGUAUCUGGAGUUAUCAGACUGGCCUGAGAUUGCCCCUGACCCCUCUGUCCGUAAUGUUGAGCCCAGUGAGCCGGUUAAAAACAAGGCUACAAAACAGGAAAUGGCAAACACAGAGAAAUCUUCUGACAAAUUCUACUCUGAUUCAGAGGAGGGAGAAAAAGAAUCAGAAGAAAGCAGUGAAAAUGAAUCUGAAAGCGAAGAAGACAGUGAUAAUGAGAAGGAAAGCAGCAGCGAGCAGAGUGAUGCCAGUUCCUCAGCCGAAAGUGAGAGUGAAUCGGAUGAAAGCUCCUCAAAAGAACAGAAGAAUAGAAAGAAAGACAGUGAAGAUGAAAAGAAGGGGACUGGUACAAAAAGUGAAGACUCAAGCGUAUACUCUGAAGAUAGCUCAGAAUCAGCAUCUUCAGAAUCAAGUUCUGAAUCGGAGGAAGAAAGCGAAUCAGAACCGGAAACUUCCAAAAAAGUCACGAAUAGUAAGAAAACUGAAAACAAACCGGUAAAACAAAAGGAAAUCCCUAGAAAAAAUGAAGUGUCUCUGCUCGAUCUAGAUGAUUUUAAUAUGCCGGCAGCUGUUGCAAAACCCAGCAUACUUUCUCCCAGUUUACUAUCCGAUUUAGAAGGCUUGUCCCUCUCUUCCUCAUCUCCUGUAAUAAAUGUUUGCACGCCUUCCUUUGUCCCAUCGAAAACACAUGAACUCCUUCACAGAAUGAGUGGGAAGGGCCUAGCAGCUCAGUACCACUUCCCGCGGCAACAGUGCAUUUUUGGGGCUCAAAUGGUCACUGUGCAAAUUACAUUUAACAAUACUACAGACAAGAGAAUAGAAGAUAUUCACAUAGAAGAAAAAAAGAUGGCUGCUGGAGUGAAGAUGCACGCGUUCAAUCAAAUAGAUUAUCUGGAGCCAGAGGGAUCCAUUACUGUCUCAAUGGGUAUUGACUUUUGUGAUUCCACUCAGACUGCCAGUUUCCAGUUGUGUACAAAAGAAAACCAGUUUUCUGUUGGAAUUCAGCCUCCACCAGGGGAACUUCUGUUACCAGUGUCCUUGUCAGAGGCAGAUUUUAAGAAAGAACAAGGAAAACUGACAGGCAUGAAUGAAAGCUCAGCUACUAUUGCUGUAAACGCAGAAUAUUCCACUCCUCAGAUUAUAGGCCAAAGAUUUCUACAAGCUGCAAACCUUGGGGUCGUUGCCUCCGGCCAAAACAACAUUUACAGAUUUGCAGCUAAAACUGUGCACAGUGGGUCGCUGAUGCUGGUCACAGUGGAGCUGAAGGGAGGCUCGGCAGCACAGCUCAUCAUAAACACGGAGAAAACGGUGAUUGGCUCUGUUCUGCUGCGGGAGCUGAAGCCUGUCCUGUCCCAGGGGUAACCAGCUUACAUCUGGACUUCAGAGUCUGGCACAAAACAAAAGUGCUUGGCAUCUACUACCGCUGCCUUUCAUUUAUAAUAAUAGCUCUUCCAUCUGCCAGCAGUGGGGAGAAUACACUCUGGACAAUCUUGUCUCCUGCUUUAGAAUGUUAGUAUCUAUCAUGUAUGCAAGCGCUAGUCAUAGUUCUGCUUGCUAACCCAAAAUCAGAUGGUUCUCUGUCAGGUGUCUCUGCUAUUACACCAAUUUGCCGUUUGGAACAUUGCCUUCUCAUAGCAACCCUCUGUUUCAGUGGGGGUGGAAAAACUUAAAAUAUUCAGGCAAUAGAAACUCCAGCCUUCAGCUGGGGGAAAAGAUCCAAUUCACAUUCUGUAAACCCACAGCCCACAUGGCUUUCCAGUACUUGGGACUAAAAUGAAUGGCUUGGCAAAAGCCGGCUCGACGGCAUCCAGCUCUUCAUUCUUCUUUUUAAAAUGUCUGCACUUCUGAUGAUUAUAUUUGUUUGAAAUCAUUGUUCAGUGUUUUUGUUCAGGUAUUUCAAUAAAUUUCCUAUCAAACAGG